AUGACUGACGCCGGCCGCAAGGAUUUCUCUACCAAGGCUAAGGAGGAGCUCACCCCCGACUCCACCAAGUCCACCCAGCAGAAGACCAAGGAGGCCUUCACUGACACCGGCGACAAGCUCGCUCGUGGUGCUCAGACCGAUAGCUCCAAGUCGACCGGCCAGGAGCUCGGCGACAAGGUUGGCCGCAGCCACGACCGUCACGAGCACGGCAGCUCUGGCGAGAGCAUUCUCGACAAGGCCAAGUCCGCCGUCGGCAUGGACAAGAAAUAA